CUAUUUAAUUGUGUUAGUAUUUAUAAUUAUGCGUGUACCCUUAUCGCAUACGUGUGUCAUGUACAUACGUGUACAUUAUAUUUCAAUCCUACGUGGCAAUAUUCAUUAAUAUGAUUGUUUUCUACCUUUACUUAUAGUGAUACGUAGACAUCAGAAUAAAAUUAUAUAUGAAUGUUCUACUAUGAAUAUAUUUUAACCAAGAUAAUUGAAGAGUAAUGCAAAGGAAAAGAAAAAAAUUAGAAACAAUGAGAGCUGUAAUUCUUGUUGGUGGAUAUGGAACUAGAUUAAGACCCUUAACAUUAAGUCGACCAAAACCAUUAGUAGAAUUUGCUAAUAAACCAAUGCUUUUACAUCAAAUAGAAGCUCUGGUAGAGACAAAUGUGACAGAAGUAAUAUUAGCUGUAUCUUAUCGGGCAGAAGAAAUGGAAAGAGAUUUGAGCGAAGAAGUUAAAAAAUUAGGAGUUCAUUUGAUUUUUUCACACGAACCAGAACCACUUGGCACUGCAGGACCACUUGCACUUGUACAUGAUCUAUUGUGUUCAGGAGAUGAACCAUUUUUUGUUUUAAAUUCUGAUAUUAUUUGUGAUUUUCCAUUUAUGCAACUUUUAGAAUUUCAUAAAAGUCAUGGUAAAGAAGGUACUAUAAUUGUAACUAAAGUAGAAGAACCAUCAAAGUAUGGUGUAGUAGUAUAUAGAGAUGAUGGAAAAAUAGAAAAUUUUAUAGAAAAGCCACAAGAAUUUAUUUCAAAUAAAAUUAAUGCAGGCAUGUAUAUUUUGAAUCCAAGUGUCUUAAAAAGAAUAGAAUUGAAGCCAACAAGUAUAGAAAAAGAAAUUUUUCCGAAUAUGGCUCGUGAUGGAGAAUUAUAUGCAAUGGAACUAACAGGAUUCUGGAUGGAUGUUGGACAACCAAAAGAUUUUCUUAAAGGAAUGAGCAUGUACCUGACAUCUCUAAGACAAAAGUCUCCAGCAAAAUUAUAUUCUGGUCCAGGAGUAGUAGGAAAUGUCUUAAUAGAUGAAACAGCAAAGAUUGGCAAAGAUUGUAGAAUAGGACCAAAUGUUACAAUUGGUCCUGGUGUUAUUUUAUCCGAUGGUUGUUGCAUUAAAAGAAGUACUAUUCUUAAGGCAGCUAUAAUAAAAGAACACGCAUGGCUGGAUGGGUGCAUUGUGGGCUGGAAAAGUGUUGUAGGACGUUGGGUACGAAUGGAAGGUACUACAGUACUUGGUGAAGAUGUAAUUGUUAAGGAUGAAUUAUAUAUUAAUGGUGGUCAAGUUUUACCUCACAAGAAUAUUUCCAGUUCUGUACCAGAACCACAAAUAAUCAUGUGACCAAAAAUAAUAUCUUAAAGUACACAUCGAACAUGAUAAAUGACCAAAUUAUGAAACAUUUUAUAAAUAAACUUUUUAUCAGCUUUUUUAAUCAUAUGUAAAUUGAUGUUCAUUAUAUAUUCGUUUAUAUUUUUUUUUACAUUUACAAUUCAAAUAAGCUUUAUUGGCAGUCCUCGUACUAUUAUUGCAGCUGCAGUCAUAUAAUGAGAACAAACAUCUUUAGAUUUUGCAAUUGCUCUCAACAUCUCAGGUUCUAUAGAUAAGUUCUGAGAGCUUUUAUGUGAAUUCUUUAAAAAUUCUAAUUAUCAAAUUAAAAAAAAAAAAAAA